UGGAGGAGGCGUACUCUUCCAAUAUACAAAUAAAUACAAUUCACAAUGGAUCGAGCAUCAAUUUAUUUCAUGGAUGAAACUCAACGCAACACCUAUGACUUCGAUGAAGACUUACCACCGCUGCCACUGCCUGAAUUGCAUGAGACAAUGGAAAGAUACUAUGAGAGUCUGAAACCAUUUGGUACAUAUGAAGAACUAGCAAGUGCAAGAAAAGCCAUUAAAGAAUUCCAAAAUGGUAUUGGUGCCAAAUUGCACACCAAACUAAAGGAAAGAGCUUCAAAAAUGAAAAAUUGGUUAGAUCAAUGGUGGGAUGAUUAUGCCUACCACAUGUUGAGGCUACCUUUAAAUCCCUACAUUGUAAUGUCUAUGCCUGUCAAGUUAGAAGUUUUGGGUAUACCAGAAACUCCACAAUAUGCGUUGAAGAACAUGGCACGUAUAGCUUACCACACAAUAGAGUUUUGGGAUCUGCUGCACAAAGCCACAAUAAAGCCAUUAUCAUCGAAUGGUGGUAAAAUAAAAUAUUCAUCUGCUCUGUAUAAGAGAUUUUUUUCUACCACAAGAGUUCCGGGUGAAGAAAUUGAUCAUAUUGAAAAACAUUUUAAGACUGUUACCGAGGGUAAAACUCCAUCGCACGCAUUAAUUUCGGGCAAAGGACGUUUAUUUAUGUUCGAUUGUUUACAUAAAGAUGGUACCCUAAUUACACCCCAAGAAAUUUUAGUGCUACUACAAAGAGUACGCAGUAUUAUUGACUACGAACCCAUGGGUGAUUGUGUGCCAGUACUAACACAUGAUGAUCGUACAUCUUGGGCCAAGAAUCGGACAUAUCUAAAAGAACUAUGCCCCGAAAAUAAAGAAACAUUGAAAUGGAUUGAAAGUUCCAAUGUUGUCGUUGUAUUGGAUGAAAAUGAACCAAAAGAUUAUGCCGAAAUUUCACAAGUUGCUGUCAAUGGUGAUUACCACUCGAAGUGGGGAGAUCGAAGCAGUACCUUAAUUGGUUAUAAAAAUGGAAAAUUUGCCUGUGUUGGAGAGCAUUCCUGUUACGAUGGUACAGUUAGUGUUAGCUAUGUGUUAUUCGUUCAAUUAAGCUUAUUUGAAUUACCUGAACCCGAUUGGUCUGAAGCAGAAAAAAACCCUGUUGUAUCAAUAACAGAGUUAAAGUUUAAUUUGGAUGAAACUGUGAAAUCGGAAAUUGAACGUGUUAAAAAAGACUGUGAUGAUAGACGAACUGAUGUUUUAAUUACCCAUGAAGUUUUCUACGACUACGGCAAGGAUUACAUAAAAACUUGUAAAUUACAUCCAGAUUCCUUUGUACAAGUAAUAAUGCAAUUGGCUUACUACGAAAUGAACAAUGAAAUUGCCUCCGUGUAUGAGACAGCUUUAAUGCGUCACUAUUACAAUGGACGUACGGAAACUUUACGCUCCUGUACAAGUGACGUUUAUAAAUUCCUGCAGAUAGCCAGCGAUAACAAGUCCACAAAAUCGGAAAUAGUCAAUGCAUUCCGUAAAGCUGUCAAUCACCAUAAUCACAUGAUGAAUGAGGCACGCAAAGGUCAUGGUGUUGAUCGUCAUCUAUUUGGUCUAUGGUGUAUAGCAUACGAGAAUAAAAUGGAUAUACCCGAUUUCUAUUCUGAACCCUUGUACACAAAAUCCGGUGGUGGUGGAAAUUUUGUUCUAUCCACCAGUACUUUAGGUUAUUCAGUAAAUGUUGGUUUCGUUGCCCCUAUGGUAUUAGAUGGUUAUGGUGUGUUUUAUACCAUUACAUCUCAAUGCAUUUUUAUUCAAACCAGCGCAUUCCGUGAUAGCAUGAAAACCAGUGCCCAUCGUUUUAAUCAACACUUUAUAAAUACAUUCCGCAAAAUGAAAUCACUUUUGGAUGAGUGUAGCGAUUCUAAGCUUUAAAUGUGUACUGUUUAUUAGUUUUAAGCACAUAAAUGAUUGAAACCGUGCAAUAAUUCUUUGUUUAUCAGUGUACAGUGUACAAAGUGUUACUUAGUUUACCUAUCUUUAAGCCAAUAAACGCAUUUAAAAUACUCAA